CAAACGUAAUAAUAAUACAUAAAAUCUAAACAAAUGUGCCUGUGUUAAAACAAAAGAAAGAAAGCAAAAUAAAGAAGCAAAGCAUUCAAAAAGCAGAAGCUUCCGAAAUAGAUGUAAAAGUGCAAAACAUACAUAUAAACCCAAACCCAAGAAAAUCAAACCUUUAAACUGAAAACUCAAAAAACCCAAGAACUGGAAAAGAACAGAAAAAUAAGGACUCCAGAAACGGACAGCUACAGUAGAGCUUCCCUAAAACAGAGAAGCAGUUGAAGCGGCGGAGCGGGACGUCGGUCAGUGUGUUGCGCCCCCAUUUGUUGUUUCUACUCCAAAAGUGGCACAAAUCGGGUUAGACGUCGCUCCCAGAGCAUUAAUGGCUCAGCCCAGGUAUGACGAUGGCCUACACGGCUACGGCAUGGACUCCGGAGCCGCCGCAGCGGCCAUGUACGAUCCACACGCCGGACACCGGCCGCCCGGACUGCAGGGCCUCCCCUCGCACCACUCUCCGCACAUGACCCACGCAGCGGCGGCGGCGGCCACAGUGGGCAUGCACGGCUACCACUCGGGGGCCGGGGGUCAUGGAACACCUAGUCAUGUAUCGCCGGUCGGUAAUCACCUAAUGGGCGCAAUACCCGAAGUACACAAACGUGAUAAGGAUGCGAUUUAUGAACAUCCGCUAUUCCCGCUUUUGGCGCUGAUCUUUGAGAAGUGCGAAUUGGCUACAUGUACGCCGAGGGAGCCCGGGGUGCAAGGUGGCGAUGUCUGUUCGUCGGAAUCGUUCAACGAGGAUAUUGCAAUGUUCAGUAAACAGAUAAGAUCACAGAAACCCUAUUAUACCGCAGAUCCCGAAGUCGACUCACUGAUGGUGCAAGCAAUACAAGUACUUCGGUUUCACCUUUUAGAAUUAGAAAAAGUACACGAAUUAUGCGAUAACUUCUGUCAUCGGUAUAUAUCGUGUUUAAAGGGUAAAAUGCCAAUAGAUUUAGUGAUCGACGAACGGGACACCACCAAACCACCGGAGUUGGGAUCGGCGAACGGAGAAGGGCGCAGCAAUGCCGACUCCACAUCGCACACCGAUGGAGCUAGUACACCAGACGUUCCCAGCACCCAAGACUUUUCACCGCUGGAGGAGACCUAUGCCAGCUAUCGCAUCAAACACGAGGCGGACUUCUAGUCCCGCCCGACUUUUUAUCCCUUCGAGCCCCCCAAAAAAGUUCUCUAUAAAUAUACUGAAAAAAAUCUAUCUAACAUAGAGAUAACGCUUAGCCAUGUAGUUUGUAAUUAAAAUCAAGUCUAGGCUGCGCUUAAAGAAAUUCACUCGCAAGUGAAGAAGGAGAAAAUGAAACAAACGCUAAGAGUAUAGUUAAUUCCUAGAAACUUCUAAACAUAUUUUCUAUGCUUAGUUUUCAAUAUUUUUUUUUGUUUUUCACUAUGUUUUCGGGAAUUUUUCACUUUAGCAAACGUGUAUACGAUUUUUCAAAAACAAAACGUCCUUUCCCUUCGCGUGUUUUACAACACGGGAGAGAACUUGCCAAAUAAAAAGAAAAAUAAAAAAACAAAAUGAAACUAUGAACACAUAUUUUCGUUGAUCUUUUUUGUUCAACUCUCAUCAUGCAACGCAUAUACGUAAAAAGAGAUACCAGAAAAGAAAACCCAACCUGAGUUCAAAUGCAAAGUAUACGAAUAAAACUUUAUUGUUUAUUAAAUAAAAAUAAAAAUGAAAAAAAAAACUUAAAGUUAAUUUAAUUAAUUGAGGAUUGCAAUGCGCCUAUACGAACGACAUUUUAAAUGAGCCGAUAAACUUUCAAGAACAUUGAUAUACGUAAUUCAACAGCAACAAUACUAAAACAAACUAAACAAACUUUAAGCAUUUACUAAAGCAAAUCGAAAACUACGCGAUACUAUUAUUAUUAAAUAAAUAUAAAAGGAGAGAAAGCUAAUGUAAUUUAAUUGAAUUAGAGAGCAGUCGAGAAACUUAGAGACCCCUCGCUCCCUCCCCCAAUUGUAUACUAUAGCGUACGUUAUAUAGUUCUUAGUCAGGCCCCAAAAAAUCCCAAAACCCCAACACUUAGGAGUUGUAUGCUAGGCGUAAAUUAAACUUGCAAUCGAAACUCAAAGAUACGGAAAAACGUUAGCAGCAAACCCUUCUUCUAGCUACCAAAACCAACCAACAAAACACUUUCUACUGCUAAUUUCUACUACUAUUUUGAGUUGUAGACCUACUAAAACCAACAAAACUACAAAAAAUGUACUUAAAUCGAACUGCGAUCGCAGUUCCUCAGCUAUAUGGGCAGUCAUUUGUAUACUUAGACUAUAGUCGAACCGAUUCCCAGCGGUUUAAUAUAGCCAACUAACUAAAAACCAACAACAACGUGAAAAGCUUUUGUACUAUUUUUUCAAAACUACAAAACAAAAACGUUCUUGCAAAAU